AUGCCUUCAAUGAUAAAAGUUGUUCGACCCUGUUGUCGCAACCCGGUCGUAUUGCCAUUAGACCUGGAGGACCGAACCUUGUCCGGAGUCCAUAGUAUGCAUGUUCAUUUCCAGAGUCAGGUGACAGCAGGCUUCUCUUGGUUCGCUGUCGCUCGUCUUAAGGCAGAGUGCGUUUUGGCCGAUGAAUCUAAUCGUUGGGAGAUUUCUAAAGCUGAAUUCAAAGCCCACAUCACAAGACUCCAAGUUGAACUACAAGCAGGACUUAAUCUGGUCGAGGAAAUCUCUUCUUCUGAGAGCCGACUACGUCGACAGCUUUCUGAAUUGGAAUACGAUCGUGACAAAGUUAGUGUUGCUAUUGAGUCGAACGAGGUAGCUCUUUUAAAACAAAGUCUUUUGGAGAAAGAAGAAACUGUUGCCCAAAAAGAAGAGGUAAUUCACUAUUUUAUUUAUCUUGUCAUUGACUACGGCUUCUCAGGCCUUAUUUUAUAUACCGUCUCAUAUUUCCUCCGAAUUCUCACAAUCAUGCCUUCCAACUGUCCUCAAUUUCAGGAAUUUUUUACUUUUUUAGGGUUCCUCGAGAAUCUUUUAUAA